UCACAUGAUCAGAUCAGUGUCGUCGUGGAGACAGCAGCUGCUUCCCGGCUCGUCCACCACUGACUCUCUGACUCCCUCUCCCUCUCUCACACACACACACACACACACACAUACACACACCUCACACACAUGCACGCCGCUCCUCCAGGCGUGCACAUCGGCUGAGUGUGCACGUGUGUGUGCGUGUGUGUUUGUUUACGUAUUGACUCGUGCUCACGCUGACGGACGGUGACCGUCUCAGUGGCCAUGGAUCUGAACAUGUCUCUCUGUUGCUGUUUCUUUUUCAGGGACUAUGGCACCAAACGCAAAUCAGUGUGGAUGUACGGCCUGCCCGACAGCCCCACGAAGACGGAAGCCACAGGGCUGGAGAGCGGAGAUCCCAUGGUCCUGGAGCAGUACGUGGCCGUGGCCAGCUACGAGCGGCAGGAGAACUCCGAGAUCAGCCUGCAGGCUGGCGAGCUCGUGGAGGUGAUCGAGAAGAGUGAGAGUGGCUGGUGGUUUGUCAGCACGGCGGAGGAGCAAGGAUGGGUCCCUGCCACAUACCUGGACUCACAGAAUGGCACGAGAGAUGACCUGGAGCUUAGCACCACGAGGAGCGGGGAAGUCACUAAGAGACGCAAGGCUCACCUGAAGAGGCUGGACCGGAGGUGGACCCUGGGGGGGAUAGUGAACCGACAGCAGAGUCGAGAGGAGAAGUAUGUGACAGUGCAGCCCUACACCAGCCAAGGGAAGGACGAGAUCGGGUUUGAGAAAGGAGCAACCGUGGAGGUCAUGCAAAAGAACUUGGAGGGCUGGUGGUAUAUCAGGUACCAGGGGAAGGAGGGCUGGGCCCCGGCCUCGUACCUGAAGAAGAUGAAGGAGGACUUCUCGCCGAGGAAGAAGACCCUGACGGGGCCCGUAGAGAUCAUCGGGAACAUCAUGGAGAUCAGCAACCUGCUCAACAAGAAGUCCGUCAGCGAGAAGGACGUCCAGACGGACGGAGGUGGUGGCGGCGGCAGCGGCAGCGGUGACGUCACGCCCGAGCGCCACAUCUCCAAGAGCGAGAUCAGCCUGCCCAUCCCUGUCGGCGCCGCCGAGGCCUCCGGCGCUGGCACGGGGACCACGGGCGGCGGCACCACCGGACCCCUCGGGGCUGGGAUCUCUGGACCGCCCGCUCCGACAGCCCUGCCGGACAGCAGCGUGAGCAGCAGUAAACCCAGGGUCGAGCCGGGCUCCCCGGCCAUCGCACGCGUGGCUCCACACAGGGUGGAGAUCGGCUUUGACGCAAUAGGUUCUCCAAACCUACGUCAGAAGCCUCCUCCCCGUCGAGACGCAAACUUGGGCUUGCACUUGCCCAAGCCGCCAGAGCCCCCUACUGUGGAAGCAGAGUACUACACCAUCGCCGAGUUCCAGUCCAGCAUCUCAGACGGCAUCAGCUUCCGUGGAGGACAAAAGGCUGAUGUGAUCGAGAAGAACUCUGGCGGUUGGUGGUACGUGCAGAUCGGCGAGACAGAAGGCUGGGCUCCCUGCUCAUACAUCGACAAGCGCAAGAAGCCCAACCUCAGCCGCCGGACCAGCACGCUGACCCGGCCGAAGGUCCCUCCCCCGGCCCCACCGGUCAAGAAGCAGGACUCGGCCGAGGAGACGUCCUCGCUCUGCGGCUCGUCCUCGUCCAAAGCACCCGAGUCCCCCAGCCGGCCCGUGUACGAGGAACCCGAGUACGACGUCCCGGCCAUCGGGUUCGACCUCGAGUCGGACACGGACUCCCUGAAGGGCGAGUGCUCGGCGGAGGUGCGGACGAACGGCGCCCCUCAUGGGAAGUACUCGUCCCCCCUGGGGAAGGAUUCGCCCUCGGCGUCCCAGAAGAGCUCCCCCUUCAGGGUCGGAGAGUCCCUGGAGGACAUCUGCCGCGAGGAGUCCAUCUACGAGAACGACGGCUUCCGUCCGUUCUCGUCCGACGAGUUCGCCUCCGCGAGGGACUCCAGCGGCGUGGACUCGGACUCCCCCAAAGGCCCACUUUCGUCCUCCUCGUCCCCUCUGGCGCGCAAGUUCCAAGGCGGGGUCUCUGUGUCCAUCUCCUCGUCCCCUGGAAGCGGCGGCAAGCCGCUCCGAAAGGUGCCCCCGGAUCUGAGCCGCAGCCAGUCCCUAAGCCGCGCCGAGGAGACCAGCCCCAGGUCUUCCUCCGACGAGUCGGGCCGCGGCUUCCGCCGGCAGAUGAGCGCCCGGCGAAGCGGACCGGCGGACGAGGACGCACACUCGGCCCAGAGCCCCUCGGCCCGACCCAAGCCCGUGGUCCGGCCCAAGCCGCUGCUGUCCGCCAAGUCGGAGCCGCAGAGCCCCGAGCGGAUGGACAUCAGCACCCUGCGGCGCCAGCUGCGGCCUACGGGCACGCUGCGCCACGCUGGCCUUAGGCCUGGCGGCCGCGGAGGCGAGGACUCGGAGACAGCCUCGGUGGUGUCGUCCGAGGACUCCUCGGCCUCGUCGCGCAGCACCUCCGACCUGUCCAGCAUCUAUUCGAAGGGCAGCCGCGGCGGCGACUCGGACCUGGACACCUGCUUCUACCGCACCACGGACGCCUACCAGCGCGCGCAGGACUCGGAGAUCAGCUUCCCGGCCGGCGUGGAGGUGGAGGUGCUGGAGCGGCAGGAGAGCGGCUGGUGGUACGUGCGCUGGGGCCACGACGAGGGGUGGGCGCCCACCUACUUCCUGGAGCCCCUGCGGCAGCAGCAGCAGCCCGCCAACGACGCCGGGCCGGAUUACGACUGCCCGCUGGUGGACCUGGGAGACCGAGGCGGCAGCCGAAGGAGCAGCCGAGGCGGCGGCGGCUCCAAGUCCAACAGCCUGGAGAAGAACGAGCAGCACGUCCAGGCGCUGAACAACCUGAACCAGCGGCAGCGCCACACGCCGCCCAUACCGUCCAAGCCGCCGGGAGGCUUCACCAGGUCGACCGCUACCGCCGCUCCCUGCGGCGGGCUGUCCAACGGGUUGGGGGGGACGGGCACCGGAGUCGGGGUGCGCCUGAGGAACGGCGUGAGACAGGCGGCCGUGCGUCCCCAGUCGGUGUUUGUGUCGCCGCCGCAGCCGGUGAAGGACACCAACAUGCACGCCAACACGGGCUCCCUGCGCCGCAACGAGUCCAUGGGCGCCACGGACGGAAUCCGCUCCAACACCGUCGGCGUGCGACGGAACUCCUCGUUCACCACCGCGCGGGCGCAAGGAGGGUCAGCGACCCUGGACACUAGGAGCCGGGCGGCCACUGCCGUCGCCGCGCCAGGAGGCGGAACCUGCACCACCACCAUCACCGCCAUCAUUGGCGGCGGCGGCAGCGGUUCCGCCACCUUAGGCCACCAGCGGAACGGCAUCCCCGUGUCCACCGUGAGACCCAAGCCCAUCGAGAAGUCCCAGCUCAUCCACAACACGCUGCGCGAAGUCUACGUGUCCAUCGCCGAGUACCGCGGCGACGAGGAGACCAUGGGCUUCCCAGAGGGCACCAGCCUGGAGGUGCUGGAGAAGAACCCCAACGGCUGGUGGUACUGCCAGGUGCUGGACGGCGUCCACAACCGCAAGGGCUGGGUCCCCUCCAAUUACCUGGAGCGCAAGAAGUGACCACACCGCACCCCCCCCCACCCAGAGAAUCUUAGUCCCCACUCCCCUCCCUCUCUCCCUUACACUUGAUCAUUGUGUAUAUUUACAGAACUGAAUCAAAAAUAGACCCACAUUUUUCGUUGUUGUUGUUUGUUCUUACGUUGAUUGAGAGACACAUUUCGUGCGGAUUUAUCGAUGAUCCAGUUCACGUGCAGUCGUGUGCAGUGCGACUGCAAAGAUUAAACUAAACUUUUUGGGGAUCGGGGCAAGUUGGAUGAUACGUCCUGGUGAAACUUCAGGAAAGACAUUGUCUUCAGUUUGGAGAAUGUGGGAAGGGGGAGGGAGGGAGUAAAACAUACAUACAAACAAACAAACAAACAAACAAAUAAAUGAAACAUUAUAAAUGGGGUUUACAUUAAAAAAAAAGAUAAUAUCUUACAUUGAAGCAGGAUGACAUCCUUGCACAAAAUACCUGCUUUUCAUGCCAAAUGGGUGCCUUCUUUGAAUGACAGUGGGAUUGUCUAGAGUUAUCAAGCAUUCACCAGUGAAUCAAACAUCAGUACCAAAUCAAAAACACUGUGCCAUAGAUCUAUGUGCAUGGAAAUCACCAAAAAAUAUCUAUUUUUGAAACCAAUUUAACCUUUCAAAAGAAAAAAAGACAAACAGAAAAAUAACAUCGGAAACAAUAUGUGUUAGUGUUCCCAAUGGCGGAGCAUAAUGGCGAUACAAUAAGGUCAUUCACAAUGCAAUGAAGUGGAAUGUUAUUGACGCAAUCCUCAAUGAAAACAAACCUACCUGUGUUGUCAUGGUUACUUGGUAACAACGGAUGAGUAGAGGAAGUCAGGAAAGAAACACUUUAAUCUCCUGUACUUUUUUAAAAUUUAAAAAAAAAAUGUUUAUUGUUAUUUUUUUGUAUGUCAUUGAGUGUUUUUUUGUUGUUGUCAUAUGUUCCUUAGAGAUGUAUUUCUGCUUUCUUGUGACAUCCACACUAAACAUGUCAGCCCACAGUAAGCAGGUCUAGACAUUUUUAUGUCGUGUGAUGCUGCACUGAUUAGAAGGUCGUGUUGAGGCUUAACAAAUUGGUUAUCAUUAUUCACAUCUAAAUCCCAUUCAGCAAUCUGCACACUCUUAUUGAAUCAUGAUGCAUUCAUAAAUGCACACAAAAAUAAACUGAUCUAAUGACAUGAAGCAUGUCUUGUUCUUCAAAAGGUAGAUAAAAGAGAGUCUUCUUGAAACAUCUGCCCAUGUCUUGAAACAAAUGUUAGUUUACAAAAAGGUUGUAGUAUAAUUGUUUUUUUUUUUCUUUUCUUGAAAAAGAUAUUUGCAGACAAAACAAAACUCUGUAUAUAUUUGCUGCUUUUAGUUAGGUGUUGUCACGGUUAUGGCUGUGACAUACAUUGAAAAACUAUACUGGAAACAACCAUUGAUACUAGCCAGUCAAUCCCAGGGAAGUAGUUUGUAGGCCUACAUAGCAGAAAGCCCAAAAUGUGAUAGAGCCGAACAGAAGUACCAUCGUGUCUUGCUAAUUUGUAUAGAUUUAGUAUUUAUUUUAGUGGGUACGGGAAAUACAGUGUAUUCAUCAAACUACCCAAACGAGGUUUCAGAACUGAAAAUAAGAAAAAAAAAAUAUUUAAUUGAGUUAUCUGGAAGCACUUGAUAUCCUUACCCAAAGAAAAGCACAUCAAUAUGCAAGGGUUAAUUUCAACAUAACAAUAUUGCUGGGCAGUAUUAAGUUUGUGGUUGAAGUUAUGCAAUGGGAAACUGAUCUUUUAUUUUUUUUUAAAUUGUUAAAUUGUUUUUGUUUCGAUCUUAAGGAUGAGAAACUAAACUAAAUGUGACAGUUAGAACUAAUUGGCAAAACGAUCCCUGUUUUUUAAGAGCAGUAAUAUGCGGCAAUGCUACCAUCCAGACAUGGACUUAGUGGCAAUCUACCACCAUACUCCUACAUGACACAUGCAGUUAUUGAGAUGGCACUCUCAAAAUCGAGCCCAAAUGAUCGAGUCUAUCAAAUGGCUGAUGUUCAAGACUGCUGAAAUAUUUUUCUAAUGAAAUAGUGUGAGCUCCUACAUUUGGAUAGAGCACUAACUUUUAAUUUUUUCCAUUUUCUGCUGGACAGUAUUAUAGUAUUAAACAAAAGUACCUGCUAGAUUGCAGUUAUAUUCUUUUUUUUAAGCAGAUGUUGUUUUGUUCCAGUUGCUGUGUGAUCACACAGGGACAAUAAUAAUGAAAGAAGUGGUUCAUUUUUUUGUGAGUUAAUGCAUUUUUCGUUUUCAAAAGUGCAUUAACACAAAGAUGCAGUAAAUUCACUCAGCACAUUAUUUAUUGAACACAAUUUGUUCUCUUUUUUGUAUUUAUGGAUUAUUUAAUUUUUGUUGAUUUUUUUUUUAUACCUCUGCACAGACCUGCCAGUUUUUACCCAUCAGUAGUUGUCACUUAGUAGUCUCAAAUUCCGAGACAAUUUGGUGCCACCUAGUGGUGGGAAUGUCUUAUUGCAGCAUAUAUUUUUUGCUCCUCAAAAGCAGUAGGUGGAGAAGCUUUUUUACAAAACUUGAACAGCCCUCCACUGAAACUACCAUUGGAGACACAUCUCUCGAGUGAAUGAACGAAUCAAUUUUGAUAAUUGAAUGUUUUCAAAUAUUAAUGCAGCUAAAACAUUUUUGUAUCUUUAUUUGGCCUUUUCAUCUUUUCCAAAUUAUUUUUUCUAAGGCUGUGUGCUGCAACUUCUUGCAAUAAUGGACACUUCCUCUGUUGUUAUUGAACCAUACAUAAUGCCUGAUCCUGUUUUAUAUAAUUUCUUUGUUUUGUGUUACUCUUUAUUGGGUUUAACAAUCACUACCAAAUUUAUUUGGAGUAUUUCUAAAUUGAAAUCAAUCAAGUCAAAACACCCAACAGGUGAAUUUCAAUGAGGAUUAAAUAGAAAAAAAGAACGCAAAAACAUACAGUUACAGUUGAGCUAAAUUGAAUGGUUAUGUUCUUGUUUUGGUACUUUUAUCAUUUAGAAUCGGCUGAAUGAAUCACCCCUUUCCCCGUCUCACCAACGUCCCCAAAACCUUUUCCUUUGACGAAGGCAUUAUGGACCUGUGUUGACCCGCGCCAACGCUAUUAAUGGAAUAAUUUGUCUUUGUUAACUAAAUUCAAUUUACACUGCUUUAAGCGUAUUGCGAAUUACAAGGGAACUGUUGUGUGUCUAGCUAGGCCUCUAAGCCGCAUUUAAUUGUGUAUGAGCUUUAAGUCUGUUUUGUUUGUACUCCUUUUUUACCAUUAUUUUAUCUUUCAGUCUGCAUAAAUAUUUGUAAUUUAAUCUUUUUAUUUUCCUGCUUUUUAUCCCUUUUUGUAUGUUGACAUGAUUCAAAUGUAUUAACGAGGAAAUGUGCAAUAGACAAUAGGCAUCUCACCUGAAUCGGGGAGAAAUAAUAAUCCAUUUUUGUUUUCUUUUGUCAACUCAAACUUCAACUUUUACAGUCAGUGGUAAUUUGAAGUGUCAUUGGCGUGACAUGUUCAAUAUAAACCUACCCUUCAUGGCACCAAUCUAAUUAGUAAACUGUUUAAAAGAACAUCUAAAAAUGGAGAGACACAGUAAUUGAAGUCCAAUUCACAAGUAUGACCUAAAUCGACCCAGAGCCCUGUGCACUGUGUUCUUUCUACAAAGACGUAGACACACGGGCACUCACUCUAUGCCCGCUACACACGGGCACUCACUCUAUGCCCGCUACACACGGGCACUCACUCUAUGCCCGCUACACACGGGCACUCACUCUAUGCCCGCUAGAAUAUAACCAGCAGUUGUGUGAGCCGCAGCCAAAGUGAUGGGUCUCUCUGAUAGAUUGGAGUUAUCGAUCACCUUAAGCCACACGUGGAAAACCACAGAGACGUCUGACAGAGAAGUUCCCUCACAGUCACACAGGCAAGCUGACACAUGUUAGCAUUGUGUCACACACACACACACACACAAAAACACAUACACAACAUGACCCCCAUACACACCCUUCAAUGUGGCUCCUAGUAACCACACACACACAGUCUCCUCAUUACCAUGGCUGUCGGAUACACACAGAUCCCAACUCAGGUCUUUGAAGUAAAGAGGACUUUGCGAUUUGCUCUGAACUGACGCUAUGGAGCAGAAAAAGACUUUCCAUGGCCUGCCACAUGCAUUAGUCCACGUUUGCUAGGCGGCUAGUUCUAGUAACAGACAGCAAUCCCAUUCAGUUUGUUCGUGUCUGGAACCUCCUUACAUUCAAUCUCAAUUUCUCUCUCAAUUUCUCUCUCAGUAUGACCUUUGUCCAAGGCUUAAAUCAAAGAACCUUAGCCUGUGGUCGGUGUCCACUUUUCUUCUGUAGGCUUUUAGCUGAUGUGUUUCUGGGUUGCUUCCUCACGCUUCACUUACCUUGUUCGCAGAACUCACUGCCACCAUGUCGCUGUCCGUCAGUUGAGGAAUCUAACAGAACGUUCCUAUGAGAAACAAUGGUCUGAGAGGGGAGAGUUAGAGGUGUGUGUGUGAGAGAGAGAGAGAGUGUGUGUAUAAAGUGCAAAAUAUCCUAUUAGAUUUAAAUGACUAAGUGUGUGUGUGUGUGUAUAUUGUGAAUUGUCAUGGCGGAGGUUUAAUGAGAAUGUUGGAGCAAAGAUGGUCUGUUUCGUGAAGUAUGGCUUGGAAGGAAGGAUCGCUGAGCCAAGAGUCAGAUAGUCAGUAUUGGACUGUAGGCUGUAGCAUUAGCAUUCAUUUGCCCAUUUCCCUACUCCUAUCCACUCCCAGUCAUAGUCCCUGCCAAUGAAUUGUCGAUGUGUGUGGCUUGGCACCAUGAAAUCCCAUUAUUACACAUUAUUACACAUUAUUACACGUUCCUUUAAUCGCCACCUUAGUAAACUUGUUGGAUUUUUUUUUUUGGAAUGUAGUGCCUCUUGUGCAUGAUGUCAUAGAGAGGGGACUAAUUUCAAACAAAGGACUCCACAGGGCAAGAUUUAUGUAGGACACAUUUUCUGCCAAGCUGGCCAAGGCUAGUUUAUUUCAUUUUAGCUAAAGGAUUUUCAUUAUAAAUACGGCAUGGCUAGCCUAAUAAUUUUCUUGCUCAUAGCCUACAGCUGACUGUUUGACGGGUCGUGAUUUCGUCUGGCUUUUCCUUGGGUGGUUGCAAUAGUAGGGUGUUUUUAAGAUAGGUUGUCGUAUGUGUGCUCGAGGGGCUGCGAUGGGUGUGUUACACAGGGAGAGUUUCAGUAGGUUUUAAUAUAGCCUAGUUUUACUUUUUUUUUUUUUUAUUUCAUGGUAGCUUGUUUUGUUUGUGUUGUGUGAGUUUUAUCUAUUUAUUUCAAGGUGUCUACAUCAGUGAAACUGACGGACAUGCGGUCGAGGUUUCUGCCGUACUGCUGUGCUGUUUGAGUAUCCCGCACGAGGAGAAGUGACAUCGUAGCCUAUAGCUUCCCAUAACGUUACUGGGCAACUUCGCACUCCUUUGCACCUGUUUGAUUUCGUGACCUUUUCAUUUCCAACUUUUCCUCAUUCAGUUAGUUCUCUGAACCCCCUUCUGUCUGCAUUAGCGUCUACAGCCUAGAGAUCCAGGGUAGCGGUCAGAUGGGAAUGAGACUAAAGGACCUCAAAGAGGACUUAGGACCGACUGCAUGCCAAGUCAGGGCCCACCAAAUGAGAACUUGACCGUCCUAGCAGCGUGUUCAGUUCCAGCGUUUACGUUAAUAGCAGGAGGGUGGCUAAUGGUCAGGCUUGUCAUCAUACGGAGUCGCUGUCCGGUGGAGUGGCAGUGCUGUGGCAGUCCUCAUCGUCCUCGUCGUCCUCCGUAACACCAGCGUGCCUCAACGCACGUCCCCCAUCAUGACUGUAGAAGGACCAAUAUUCGGUGCUAUAUUCGUAUCAUUUUUUGAAGAAUCACAUUUAUGCAUUAUGGGAAUGGAUUGAUUUUUUUUUUUUGGACAUUGUUCGUUUCAUGUUCCCUGCUUUCAAAGGGUAGCUGACUCAUCGCCAGGCAGGCUCCAGUGUGUGUGUGUGUGUGCCCCGAGUUGAAACAGCAAAGGCCAUUAUGGCUUCAAACAAGAAGGGAGUCAAUCAAGUGUGGAGGCAAUUGUUGUGGAAAUAUAAUGAAUACUUGGGGCUUGUUUUGGAGAAAAGGGGCUUAUAGGCUUCCCUGAGACUAUUUGUGUUGUGAAAGAGGAUGGGGGCAUAACAUUGGAUUAGUCGACAUAAGAGUGUCCCACCGCCUCACUCUUUCCAAAGCCACGUGGUGCCUUUUGUAAGCAGGAGAUGGGUCUUUGGGUGUUUUUGUUUUAGCUUUUUGGCUCAUUUUAAAAAAAAGAAAAUCAGAUUAAAAAGAAAUUCUUUUUUGCUUUGUCUUUUGUUUCUUAAUUUGUGUUGUUGUUUUUGUUCUGUAUCAUGUUUACAUUGUAUCUUGCAUUGCCCUAAAGAAAAAAAUAUAAAAAUGUAUUAUUCUGUU